AUGAUUUAAGAAAUAAAUUAAAUGCCUACAUGCAAAACUCAUAAAGGACUAUCUUUAGAGUUUUUUAAUACAGAUUUUUCAACUGAAAAUAAAUAAAUAGCUUUGUGUGCUAGAUGCCUAACAUCUAGUUUUGUUAAAGGGUAAGAUUUAUUACAUUAUUCUGAUAUUUCUGAAUUAAAUGAUUCUGAUGUUUUAAAUAAUUGGCCUAUUUUAGAAGACUAAAAUACACUAUAAAUUUUGUAGAGAAUUCUUGAAUAAAAGGAAGAUUAAGAAGAUUAUUUGUUAAUCAUAGAAUAGUUCAUUGAUGACAUGCUAAAUAAAAUAAACUAUAAAUUAUGUAGAAUGAAAAAAGCUGUGAUUAAUUAUUUUUCAGAAAGCUUUGUUUGCAAAUAAAAAAUUAUUAGCAAAUACAAUGAAAUAUCAUGCAAAUAAGAAUUAAAAAACUCAUUGCAGUUGAUGAUGGAAGGUAAUUAAAGUGGGUUAGAAUAAAUAGAAAACAUUUUCAAAAAAUCUUAUGAAAAAAAAAGUGUGAACUAACAAAUUUUAUUAGAUCAAAUAUAAAAGUACAAAGCUAACUAAGAAUUUCUUUAAUUGAAAUUUCCUAAAAUUGUGUAAAAAUAAUUAUUCUAAAAUAUUAAGCUAAUAAAAAAGCAUUUGCUUAACAAAGUUUUAUAACCAAAUAAAAACUCUCUAGAUUCAUUCAAAGACUAUUUUUCUGAAUGCAUUUGUGCCUCUAAUCAAGAUACUGAUUAUUUAAAAGAAAUUUAAUUAUCCAAUUAAUAGUUUGAAUUUCUUAUAUAAAAUGCAUAAUUUCAUAUUUAAAAAAAAUAACAAUUAAGUAAAUUAGAUAAAAAUAAUUUAAAUAAUUAAAAUAACAACAUUAUUGAGUAGCUUGAAAGAAUAAAUAAAGAACAUAAAAAUUUUGUUUCAUAGUUUAAUAUAAAAGAAUAAUAAUAAUUUGAAAACCUAGUUGCUAUGUACGAAUUCGAUAUAGACGCCUCAUAAAAAUAUCCAUUUAUAAAAUCUCUCAAAGAUGAAUACAGUUAAAACAAUUAAAUCAUAAAGAAAAAUAAAGAGGGAUUAAUAAAGAUCAAAUAAAUUAAUUCAAAGUGGGCUGUGUAAUUUUUUACUGAAAAAGCAAUAGAUGCAUCAAAAAUGUAUACAAUCUAAAUAGAAAUAAAACCCUUUAAAGGUGAAGAAAAUAGCUAUAGAAUAGCAAUUGGAUUUAUUGAAAUUUCACUAUGUAAUGAAUAGUGGCUUGAUUAAGAUAUUUCAUCUAUUUCAAGCUUAUAUGUAUCGAAUUAUAAUAAAAAUAAAUUUACUCUAAAUAAAAAAGGUAUGCUCUUAAAUAAUAGUCUAAUUAAUCAUUCUGAAUUGAUGAGAAAAUUAGAAAUUUAGUUUUGUUUAAAACAAAAGUUUUUCUAAAUAGCUGAUUAUCCUGGCUAUAACAACAUCACUUAAGCAAGGGGAGAAGAGAUGCUUAGAAAUUUAGAUGGUUAGGAAUAUGUAUUUGGAAUGAAACACUAUUCUGUAAAAUCAAUCAAGGUUUUGAAAUUUACUGAAAAAUUUAUGCAAAAAAAUUGA